UUAAAAUGACAUCGAUCAUUGAAAUUUAUGAAAUAUUCGAACAUAAAACGAGUGGCCAUCUGUCCAUGUCGGUUAUAAGUGUUUUACAGUCCUGGGGCCUUAUUGCAAAAAAUAAUGUCAUAAAAUGUAAUAAAGGACACUUUUUAGAAUUGUGUCCUAGCACAUCUUAUUGUGACGGUGUCGUUUGGCGAUGCAAACAAACAUAUAUCAACAGCAGCAAAAAGAAAGUGAAGUGUAAUUUUUACCAAUCAAUCCGAAAGUGCACUUUUUUUUCAAAGUCCCACUUGUCUAUAUAUCAAAUUGUGACAUUCGCGUAUUUGUGGACCGAAAAAGUGUCACUAGAAUUUAUUCGUAAUCAACUUAAAAUAGCUCGGCAAUCAUCUGUUGAUUGGGCCUCGUUCCACCGAGAAGUCGUAUUUGACGGUAUGAUACUACGACACCAAAAAAUCGGUGGACCGGGGUUAAUUGUUGAAAUUGAUGAAUCCAAAUUCGGAAGGCGAAAAUACCACAGAGGACAUCGCGUUGAAGGCCAGUGGGUAUUUGGUGGAGUUGAACGCGAAACGGGUCGUUGUUUUCUCGUAUAA